GUUCAUUUACAACAUGGCAUGACAGAGUAACGUAGGCUUCAAAAAUCCUUUCUUUAUACUCUAAAUUUCCCUAUCAUAUCCAAUCCAGCUUGACUCCAAGGUAUUUUAGGCGUUAAUAAUGUCUCAGGUUUGUUCAAAUUGUGGAGGUAGUGACAUUGACUUCGAUCCAUCCCGUGGAAAUGCUGUAUGUAUAAACUGUGGGUCUGUACUUGAAGACAACAUUAUCGUCUCUGAAGUACAAUUCCAGGAGAAUAGUAUCGGAGGAACUAGUGCUAUUGGACAGUUUGUGUCUUCUGAAGGUAAUAAAGCUGGUAUAGGGAUUGGAUCAGGGUUUCGACAUGGAUUAGGACAAGAAUCUAGAGCUGUGACACUAGAAAAUGGUCGCAAGAGGAUCAAUGCACUGGGUCAUCAACUUCAAAUGAACCAGCAUUGCAUUGACACAGCCUUCAACUUCUAUAAACUUGCUGUAAACAAAAGACUUACACGAGGUAGAAGAACAAGUCAUGUGGUAGCUGCCUGUCUGUACCUGGUUUGUAGGACAGAGAAAACUCCUCACAUGUUGUUGGAUUUCAGUGAUGUUUUACAGAUUGAUGUUUUCACUCUUGGAAGAGCAUAUCUUAAAAUCGCUCAAGAGCUUUACAUCAACCUACCUGCAAUUGAUCCAUGUCUUUAUAUCCAUCGUUUUGCACAUAAACUGGAGUUUGGUGAAAAGGAACAUGACGUUGCCAUGACAGCGUUGAGAUUAGUUUCUCGCAUGAAGAGAGAUUGGAUACAUCAUGGCCGACGCCCUUCUGGUCUUUGUGGUGCAGCUCUCCUUGUAGCUGCGAGAUUCCACAAUUUUAGCAGAACUGUAAAAGAAGUUGUACGAGUGGUACGAAUAAGCGACACCACAAUACGAAAAAGACUUGGAGAAUUCAAAGACACUCCUUCCAGUCAACUAACUAUCGAUGAAUUCCAGAAAAUUGACUUAGAAGAAGAGCAAGAUCCCCCUAGUUUUACACACGCGAGAAAAAAAGCAAAGCAACAAGCUGAAGAUCUUAAUAAUCCUGAGUUCACGAACCAGAUAGAAAAAUUCCAGGAAGAGAUUGAUAACAUGUUGGGAAUAAGCAAAGACAAUGAAAUUAAUAAUAUUCCUGAUACCAAUAAUGGAAAUAAAGAAAAUCUUCCCAGUGAGAAUACUGUUGUCAUGGAAGCAAACGAACCAAUCCAGAAUAUUCCUAUUGUAAUGAAAACUACGGAGCAACUUGCCGCAGAACAGCAACCACAGCAACCUAAAAUUGAUUAUACUCCGACUUUUGAUGAAGAUGGAAACGAAGAACUAGAUCUUACUGGAUUGGAUGACAUAGAACUCGACGCAUGUCUUUUAACAAACGAUGAAGUAGAAAUCAAAACCAAAGUAUGGAUGGAAGAAAACAAGGAGUAUUUAGAAAUGAUAAAAGAAAAAGAAGAAAGAGAAGCCAGAGACAAAGAACAAGGAAUCAACAAGCCAGAACCAAAAAAGAAAAGAAAGAAUAAAACUAAGAAGAACCAGCCCGCAGCAGCAACGGCUGGAGAAGCUAUCGAAAAAAUGUUAGUCGAAAAGAAAAUAUCCAGAAAAAUCAACUACGAGGUGUUAAGAGACUUGGAAACCAGCCAGUCCACCAAACCUGCUGAACCUGCUAAACCCGAUGAACCUGUUGAGCCGGUUACGCCGACACACUCUAACGAUGAUGGCUUCCUUGUACCAAAAGUACCGCCCAGGUCUGAAGGAAAGAAAAGAGAGGCGCCGAAAAUGCUGACCACGGAAGCAGAAAGGCCAAAGAAAAUAAAGCUAUCUCCGUCGCCUAGCAGCCAGCCAAAAGUUCCACCCAAGCAAGCGGUGGAGGUGAGAGAAUUAGUAGUUGAAAGUGGUCCAGUCGAGUACGCAGGGGUAGAGCAAACAGUACACGAAGAAGUACUGGACGAAGAGGAUGAAGACUAUGACGAAGAAGACCAUGUCAGCGCGGCGCAGCUGUUGAGUCAAAUGUAUGAUAAUGGUCCCGUGGAUGAUUAUGGAGAUUAUGGAGAAGAAUUUUAAAAUUAUACAGCUAUCAUUGGUCAGUCGUAGAGGCUAUCAUUCUUGCUCUGAUAUUAGUUUACCACGCCUAGAGCGCGUGCAAAACAACAGUUUAAAGCGAUAAAUAAACGUAAUACCUCUAGUGGCGUCGAUAAUAAAACUAAUAUCAGUUUUUAAAAUAUGACUUUGAAAACUAAAGAUCUGCAUAGUUUCGACAAGAUUCAAAAGUUUUUCUAAAAUAAAUAAGGUUACUACCCACUUCGAGAUGGCUCUUCAUGGAACAAAAGUGAGACAAAAGCUAGGUUGUCGUCUGCGAGUGCUCUUCCCUUUUUAGCUUUCCAUUUUCUUUACAACUGAACAAAAUUAAAACAACGACAGCCAUUCUACUUGCAGAUAUCCUAGUGCCAAACAAGUUAUGCCGUAAAUUAUUUUCCGUGAAAGAAAAAAUACAAAAUAUAUUUAUAAACAAACACUGAAUGAAGUUACUAGUAUACUUCGUUUACCAAAUAAAAUAUUUAUUUUGUAAUGCUGUAAUACAAAAUACUCGAAAUUACAUAUAUAUGUCUUACUCGUGACAAUAAUAAUAUUGGAAAAAUAUAUUGAAGGCAAACGAGAAAUAAA